GGGGGAUAGAUGGCAGCAAGAAACCUGAACCCAAUUCAUAGUGUUGCUGUUGCAUGCAAAGCAGGGGCCAAACCACUCAAGCUGCCAUUUUGGGCAUCCACCACAACCAGAGCUUCCUUCAGAAAAAAUGAUAUCUCACUGCACAGAAUAGUGGGUGGUUAGAGGAGAGCAUGCCUUCCAUGAUAAUAUUCGAAAGCAAAUUGCAGGCAGCAGGCCAGCAGAAAGUUCUAUCAUUAACAACUACAGUGGAUUACAUUUAUAGACAUCUCUGGUGUUACCUUCUUGACUAAUGAUUUUCUCCUCUAAACAACCCCAUGUAUGAUCAUCAAGAUUGCUAGGAAAAACUCCCGGAAUCCGCGCCGUCUGGUCACAAUUCCGACAUCGUCGGACGGGAGAUGGCAUGGGAAAUGGACUUGCGAUUACCUUUUUACUCUCCAAGAAUUGCAGCUACAAGAUUUGGCUGAAGAUGAAGCCCAAAGGGAUGCUCAGGUUUCUGUCACCCUCUCCAUCCAAAAGCAUGCUGGCUUUGGCCUUUCAGUGGAUGGAAAGGUAACCACAUCCUUCACCAGAAAGUGUUGUUGCUGCUCUUCCCCAUUCUGCAGAGAGAUCAAUGCCAACUUCAACGUUUGGGUUCUGCCAUCAGGCAGGCACAAUGGCACCACUCAACUCCCUGAAAUUGGAGGCGAUGAUCAAGUGAUCUAUGUGAAACCUGGUUACGAAGCUGAUCUUGAUUCACUAGUGCAAGACACCGUUAGGCUUGCUACCUCAGUAAAGGAGACUUGUUCAGAUUCGUGUGAGAAAUCUCAACCAAGGAUGCAAUAUCUUGGUGAACAGAAGGCUGCUUCUAUUGAUGGGAGAUGGUCAAGACUGUUGGAACUGAGGAAUGCCUGUUAAGCAAUAUACAUAUAUGCAACACAAGUGAUUACCUAGAAACAGUUGAGGAAUGUGACCAUCCUAUAAAUUGAGGGACCUAGGUGAGACAAUGAAAUGGAGAGAGGCCUUGUUAUUUUCUUAAGUUCGAAUCCUUAGAAGACAACCUUCAGGCCAGGUUCUCUGCAACCAGUUGAAAAUUGACUAGGAAUGAAAGCUUUUUACAGGAGCAGUUAUCAUGGAUUCUAGAUGAAAUAUGCAAGCUAUGAUCUAACUGACCUCACCUAGGUGGAUUAAAGUUUUGGUAUGUUAUUGUUGGAAUUUUACA